CUCCCUGCCUUUAGUGGCGAUGGCGGCAAGCAAAGGCGUUGGAGGUGGCACCCACUGUGGCGCAUGCGUGGUUCUCCCUGGUGACGCCUUUCUUCUGCCCAUAGCUAGCAUGGCGGCGGCCUGAGAGAGAGGGAAGAGACCCGCUGAGCCGGAGAAAGCGGUGGUUGAGGGAUGCUCCGCUCCAGCGGCUUCUUCCGCGGCGUCGAAUGCCCCUUCGGGCCGGCCUGCGGGAGGCCUUACUGCCACUUCCGGCACCCUGCGGGCGCUCCUCAGGCCGCCGCCCUGCCAACGGCGCCUCUCCCGCGGCGUAGCAGAGGGUGCGGCUAUGACCCCUACAACCCAGAGCUUCCGAAACCUGUGGCCCAGAGCAGCAAUGGUGCCUUGGAGGAGAUCCCUGAACCGGCGGCUGGCAUUCUGGAGCUGGAGCUGGUCAACAAAGCGAUUGAAGCGGCCAAGGACGAGUACGAGCGCGAUAAGAAGAAGUACGAGGAGCUGCUGGAGACAGCCAAAGAGUACUGCUCCUCCGAGGGCCCUUCGCUCAACUUGGAGGUUGCUUCAGACCCAUUCCCUUCUCUGGAAUACAACCCAGGAAGCUACGAUGCCUGUUGUAGCGCCGACUACAACCCUACCCCUCUCUCUGGGUCUGCCGCUGGCACUUCUAGCAAGUACACUUUGGAUUCUUCUGGUUCUUCCAAGUCUAAGGGGAGCUCCUUGGAGUACGUGCCCACCGUGGUCAGCCAUCCCAAGAAGUACAGUUCCUCUGCCGGGAACAGCAAGUAUGUUGUCGACAAAUCCAAGCCCUCAACGGAUUUGGAGUACGACCCACUUUCCAAUUACUCCGCCAGGCUCUUGAGCAAAGCCAAGCAGCAGAAGGGGGUCAAGCGUAAAAGAGGGGCCAACCACAGCGAGGCAUACUCUCCUUCAUUCAAGAAGGUCUGCGACGCAUCUAGCGACUCUGAACCAUUGGCCCGGUUUUCUGACUCGGAGGAAGAACGGGAAGUAGCAAAUGGCUCUAGUUCAAAAUCUAACUGCGGUGUGGAAAUCAAGCCGGCAAGUGGGUUUGGAGCCGAAGGAGCCCAACAAACGGAUCCCGGUUCUCGGGGAUUGAAAGAGACGACUGUUCAGUCUGACACAAGAGGCCUUCAAAGCCCUCAGGGAGCCCGCAUUGGUGAGUCACCAGAGAAGGGUCCAAAGAUGUCCAAAGCGCCUUUCAGAGAGGACAGAAAAGCAGAAGGGAAGAACAAAGGCGUGCCGAAGGAGAAACUGAGGAAGAAAAUGGCUGAGGGCCACAAGGGAGAGGGAAAAACAGGUGGUAUAAAAGUUACCCCCAAGGAGAAAGCGAAGCUCCGAAAUGGCGAGAGGGUGAAGGAGAAACCUGACAGGCACCAGGCCGACACGCCGAACAAGGAGCAUGGCAAGCUGAAAUCUCCAGGAGUGGUGAGGGUUAAGGAAGGUAAUAAGAAGACAAGUGUGGAAAAAGUGGACAGCGGUAAAAAGGACGACAAGCUCCGAGUCACUGAUCCUAAAAGGAAGACAGAGCUGAAAGAGGGGAAGGGGAAGAGACCUUCUUCUGAAAAGCCCAAGCAGGGGAACUCAGAGGCCAAGUGCAAGGGCAAACGACGGACCUUAAGCCACGCCGACCUCUUUGGAGACGAGAGUGAGGACGAGGGGUCCCUCCCCAUUGUGUUCCCGGGUGCAAGUUCGGACUCGGAUGGUGACGGCCGCUCGCCUUUACCUCGGGAUAACGGGGUGAUGGGUGCCAAGCGUCCCAAGCUAUCCAAGCAGCCUUCCUCCUCCUCUUCUUCCGAUGAGGCUGAUUAUUCCAUCCUCGAGAGGGACCUGGAUUUCGAGUCCGACCCGAUGGAGGAGUGCCUUCGGAUUUUUAAUGAGUCCACCGACGUCAAGACGGAGGACAAAGGCCGGCUUGGAAAACAGCCAUCGAAAGAGGAAGGGGGCGAGGAAAAGGCGACUGAAGACCGGUUAACCACCCUCUUUCCCGGCCAGAAACGAAGGAUCUCUCACGUCUCAAAUCAAGGGAACCAGGCCGAAGCCCCCCGCAAGACAGUGGUGCGUCCGUUCCGGCCCCCGACGGCUCAGGAGAUGUGCUAUCAGCGGAUCCAAGAGGCCCAGAAGCAGGCCUUGCGACUAGCCCAGCAGCAGCAGCAGCAGAAGCAGCAGCAACAAAGCAGGCCCCAGCCAUUGCCCACAGCUCCCUUGAGAAGUCCUUCCCUUGGGAUGCGCACAGGGGAAAAGAAGCGCAUUGCCCAUGUGCCUCAGCGGGCAGCUCCUUUGGCCCCAAAGGGUGCCCAAGGAACCCUCAAAAAGACCCUCCCACCUGCGAGCAGCUCAUAUUCCAGUGGCCCCGAUGCUACAGGGUCCCUGAAAGCUCGCACCUUGGCCGGCAUGGCAUCCAAGACGACAUCCACCAACGUCCCGAAAAGGAUGGCCCAUGCCCCCACCCUGCAGAGUGCCGCGUUGAAAAGGCCGGUCAUUCCCACCGAGUUUGGCGCCAGAGUCCCCACCAAUGUCCGGCAGCGGUACCUCAACCUCUUCAUCGAAGAGUGCCUGAAGUCGUGUUCCUCCCAGCAGGAAGCGUUUGACAAGGCCCUGUUGGAGGAGAAGGUGGCCUACGACCGAAGCACCAGCCGCAACAUCUACCUGAACGUAGCAGUGAACACCUUGAAGAAGUUGCGGAGCCUGCUGCCCGGCCCCUCACAAGACACUCACAAGAGUAGCAACCGGAAGUUGGUUUCCCACGAAGCCAUGCUGGGAGGGAAGCUGGCGGCCAAGACGAGCUUUUCCUUCAACCGCUCGACAUCUGUCCGGGUGGAAGAGCUGACAGGGCCCACCUUGUACCAACGGCUCAAGGAGUAUCUGCUGACGGAGGAUGACUUGAAGUUGCAUGGUUAUCCUUUACCGUGUGCCGAGAAGCCCGGCCGCGCCGUGGUGUUCUCUGCGGAAGAGAAGAAACCCAGUGACGGUUUUUGCCGGAUUUGCUGCCGUUGUGGCACCGAAUACAUGGUGACGCCGUCUGGGAACUGCGUCCGUAAAGAAGAGUGUGUCCAUCACUGGGGCAGAUUGCGGAAACAGAGAGUUCCAGGGGGCUGGGAAACACAUUACAGCUGCUGCUCUGGCGCAGUGGGAUCACCUGGCUGCCAGGUUGCCAAGCAACACGUCCAAGAUGGACGGAAGGACAACCUGGAGGGUUUCGUCAGGACCUUUGAGAAGCUCCCCAGCGCCGACGGCUACCCGGGUAUCUACGCCUUGGACUGCGAAAUGUGUUACACCAAGCAAGGCCUGGAGUUGACGCGGGUCACGGUUAUCGACUCAGACCGGAAGGUAGUCUAUGACACCUUUGUCAAGCCAGACCACAAAGUGGUGGACUACAACACGAGGUUUUCUGGUGUGACUGCGGCGGACCUGGAGAAUGCCACCAUCUCCCUCCGGGAUGUCCAGGCCGUGCUGCUGAGCAUGUUCAGUGCAGACACAGUUCUGAUCGGGCACAGCUUGGAAAGCGACCUGUUUGCACUCAAGCUUAUCCACUGCACGGUAGUGGACACAUCCGUGGUCUUCCCUCACCGCCUGGGCUUGCCUUAUAAGCGGGCGCUGCGCACUCUGAUGGCAGACUACCUCAAGCGCAUCAUCCAGGACAGCGUGGAAGGCCAUGACUCCAGCGAGGAUGCGAGGGCCUGCAUGGAGCUGAUGAUCUGGAAGAUCAAGGAGGACGCCAAAGUCAAGCGAUGACGGGUGGCUCGCCGAUGCUCUCCUUUCCCCGUCCGUUGGCACAGUGCAAUAACCGAAGCUUCCUGAAGGAAGGAAGGAAGGAAGGAACUUUCUUCUUCAGGAAUAAGGAGGAAGUGGCCGCUGCUUCUUUUAGUGACAAAACAUGUCCGACUCCUUCCAAGAUUUUCUGGAACCCCUUUCUUCCAGCUCUAAGAGAGCAUUUGGAGGCUGAUCAGUUUGGGAAAUAAACCCUAAGAUGCACUGAACUUCUUCCUUCCUUUCCCCCCUUUCCCCCUUUUAUUUAUGAACUUUAUCAAACUCUAGCUUCUACUUUAGGUUCUUAAUUUAAUUGGAAGCCGUGGGUUAGACGGAAGGGCGUUGUGUCGUAGCCGGAGGGAUCCUUCCGAAAGCAUGAAAUUGUGGAGAGAGAUGGCAAGUUGUAGGACAAGUUGGUCGCCUUUUGUCCAGAGAAUGGAGACCCUUCUGUCUCUUCAAUCUGCGAUUCUCCAGGGGUUUGGGCUUCCAACUCCCAGAUGCCCCUAUUUCCAGCUAUUUCAACGGUCAGGAAUUCUGGGAGCUAAAGUCCAAAACACUUGGGGGGGGGGCAGGUUGAAGAGGCCUGCCUUAGCAGAACAGUAAACUCAAAAGAGGGGAAGGGUUCCCCAUUGGUCAGCAAGACUUUCACCUUUGUGUGGACACAUUCCCACCCGUCAAUGUGGAAGCCACAAUUUUGGUCCCACUUCGGAUUAUCUGGCAAAAACCAGCCCUUAAAAAUACAUACAUAUAUAUAUAUAUAUAUAAAAUCUUAAAUUGGCACAAGUAUCAGUGCAUGAUAUUAUUUAGAAAUCGAGAGACUUUUGGGGCAUGGUUGCCUAUAAAAACAAAAUUAUUGGCACUAUAAGCGCCUAGUUUCUUAUAUCUCAUUGCUUUCCCUCCACACUAAGGACUCUUAGUUCUAGUUCGGCAGGGACCCUUGGGAGUUCUAGUUUUGGCAGGAACUCUGGAGUUCUAGUCCAGCAGAGACCCUUGGGAGUUCUAAUCUGGUGGGGACGCUUGAGAGUUCUAGUCCAGCAGGGACUCUUGGGAAUUCUCGCUCGUGGAUCCUUGGGAGUUCUAGUUUGUCAGGGACACUUGGAACUUCUAGUCUGGCAGAGACCCUUAGGAGUUCUAGUCUGGUGGGGACUCUUGGGAGUUCUAGUUGGGCAGGAACCCUUGGGAGUCUUCACUUGGGGAUCUUUGAGAGUUCUAGUCUUGUGAGGACCCUUAGGAGUUCUAGUUUGGCAGGGACUCUUGGCAGUUCUUGCUCAAGGAUCCUUGGGAGUUUUAGUCUGGUGGGGAACCUUGGGAGUUCUAGUUCAGCAGGGAUUAUUGGGAGUUCUAGUUUGGCAGGGCCCCUUGGGAAUUCUUGCUCGGGGAUUCUUGGGAGCUGUAGUUCAGCAGGAUCUCAGGAGUUCUAGUUCAGCAGACACCCUUGGGAGUUCUAGUCUGGUGGGGAUCCUUGGGAGUUCUCACUCAGGGAUCCUUGGGAGUUUUAGUCUGGUGGGGAACCUUGGGAGUUCUACUUCAGCACAGAUUCUUGGGAGUUCUAGUUUUGCAGCCCCCCUUGGGAAUUCUUUCUUGGGGAUCCUUGGGAGUUCUAGUUUGGCGGGGACCCUUGAGAGUUUUAGUUCAGCAGGGACCAUGGGAAUUCUAGGUCAGCAUGGACCCCUGUUUGGCACAGACUCAUGGAAGUCAUAGUUUCCCUCGCUCAUCAGGAAAAUCGGUCUCAUUUGCAGCAUCAAAUUAUUGAACGCCUUCAGUAAGACCCUUCUCUGGCCGUAUGCCAAUGAAAUGCAAAGAUCAGUCCUAAAGAAUAUAUCCUUGCUACGCUAUUCCAGAAUAAUAAUUAUGGGUCUUCUCCCUCCCCCCUUUUUUAGAAAAUUGUUUGGCACAGGCAUCAUUUAGAAAGCAGUGAGACUUUUGGGGACAUGGCUGCCUAUAAAACCAAGCUGCUAUUUGCACUAUAAGCUCUUCCUUGUUUAUAUCUCACCGCUCCUCUUCUGCCCGACAGGCGGUCUGUUUAUUUCCUUCUUUCGCCACCGUUCGAAGCCAUCUCUCUCCUCCCUUUCAAAUCAAAAUGCGUCGUUUGCAUCCACCAGUUUCCUCUUCUGUCGUUGACCCACUUUCCCUUUGUUUACGAUACCCUUCUUGUUUUGUAACACUAUACAAUUAAAUAAACCAACAACCCAUGGACUUUGUACAUGCCCAACUGUAUACCAGGUUAACACUAUUUUGUAAUUUUUUAAAAAUAAAACAAAAACCCUGUUUUCCGAAGUGUGAUGGUUGCAGAAAAUAU